UAAGCAGUAAAUGGAAGCUGCAUAAUUCAACUUCGAGCUCGGCGAAAUAUUAAUUAAUGGUAAUACUAAAAAUAAGUGAUGCACAAUUAACGCCUCAAGUAUUUAAUUACUUAAGGGCAAUAGAAUUAUAAUUAAAUAUGGUGCGAAGUAGCGACAAGGACAGGCAUCAUCGACGAAGGUCAAGAUCGAGAUCUAGAUCCCGAUCGGCCGAACCUGAAAAGAAACGACGACGAUCGAGAAGCAGAGAUCGUGAAAGGGACCGAGACAAGGGUCGACAUAGAGAACGAAGAAGUCGUUCACGAGACAGAGAUAGAGACAGGAGCGACAGAAGGGAGCGUUCUGAAAGGGACAGAGACCGGGAAAGAAAACGUGGAGACAGUAAAGAAAAGCGUCUUACAGGCUCAAAGUCUUCGCGCUCCGGCAAAGAACGAUCAAACAGGUCUCGGUCACGCGAUAGAAAAGAUAAAGAGAAAGGCGACAGUGAAGAGUUGCCUUUUGAUCAUACAAAGUUAGAUAAGGAAGAAGAGCAAAAGAGACUAGAAUUGGAAAUGCAAAAAAGAAGGGAGAGGAUAGAAAGAUGGCGAGCAGAGAGGAAGAAGAAAGAACUGGAAGCAACAAAAAAAGACGGUAAGACAUCUAUUUUGGCAAAUCUUCAGCUACCCAUGAAAAAGUGGUCCCUUGAGGAUGAUAGUGAUGAAGAGACUCCUGUGGUACAGAAUAACAGCAAGGAGGCAAAAGAAGAAGGUGUAAAAGAAGAAGUUGAAGAAAUAAAGGAAGAAGUAAAAAAUGAAGAAGAAAUUGAUCCACUUGAUGCUUUUAUGGCAGAGGUUCAAGAAGAAGUAAGGAAAGUGAAUAAAUUUGACAGCAAAGCUCCGAAAAGUGCCAAUAAUGGCACUAAUUCUGGAGCACAAAGUGGUGGCGUAGUCAUUGUGACUGGUGUGGCUAAGAAAAAAGUUCAGAAACAAAAAGGAGAAUUGAUUGAGCAAAAUCAAGACGGCUUGGAGUAUUCCAGCGAAGAAGAGGGCGAAAAUCUUCAUGAAACUGCGGCUGGUAUAGCGAACAAGCAGAAGCGAGAAUUGGCCAAAGUUGAUCACGCUACAACAGAUUAUCAACCAUUCCGAAAAUCUUUCUAUGUUGAAGUUCCCGAAAUUGCAAGGAUGACGCCAGAAGAAGUAGAGGCGUACAAAGAAGAAUUAGAAGGUAUUCGUGUGAAAGGCAAAGGAUGUCCAAAACCUAUAAAAUCUUGGGCACAAUGCGGUGUGACUAAAAAAGAAUUAGAAGUAUUGAAAAAACUUGGUUAUGAGAAACCAACGCCUAUUCAAUGCCAGGCGAUUCCGGCGAUUAUGUCUGGUCGUGAUCUUAUAGGUAUCGCAAAAACUGGAAGCGGAAAAACGUUAGCUUUUUUGUUACCAAUGUUUCGUCAUAUACUCGAUCAGCCACCGCUAGCUGAUGGAGACGGACCAAUUGCACUGAUCAUGACACCGACUAGAGAAUUGUGCAUGCAAAUCGGUAGGGAUUCGAAGAAAUUCACGAAGUCACUGGGUCUUUCCCAUGUGUGUGUUUAUGGUGGAACCGGAAUUUCCGAACAGAUAGCAGAACUUAAAAGAGGAGCCGAGAUUAUCGUGUGCACACCAGGAAGAAUGAUCGAUAUGCUCGCCGCUAACAGCGGACGAGUGACCAAUUUACGUCGAGUGACGUAUGUGGUGCUCGACGAAGCCGAUAGGAUGUUUGACAUGGGUUUUGAGCCGCAAGUGAUGCGUAUUAUGGAGAACGUAAGACCGGACCGACAGACGGUGCUGUUCAGCGCGACAUUUCCUCGACAGAUGGAGGCGUUAGCCAGGAGAAUACUCACCAGACCGGUCGAAGUGCAGGUCGGCGGACGUUCUGUUGUUUGUAAGGACGUCGAGCAACAUGUUGUUGUGCUCGAGGAAGAUCAAAAGUUCUACAAACUGCUCGAGAUUCUUGGGCAUUACCAGGAUAAAGGCUCCACCAUUAUAUUUGUGGACAAACAGGAAAACGCAGAUACAUUGUUAAAGGAUCUUAUGAAAGCCUCGUACUCGUGCAUGUCUCUUCAUGGUGGUAUUGACCAAUGCGACAGAGAUUCGACCAUAUUGGACUUCAAAGCCGGACGAACGAAAUUGCUCGUGGCUACAUCUGUCGCUGCUAGAGGCUUGGAUGUCAAACACUUGGUAUUGGUCAUCAAUUAUGAUUGUCCUAAUCAUUAUGAGGAUUACGUACACAGAUGCGGUAGAACUGGUCGUGCUGGAAAUAAAGGAUAUGCGUAUACCUUUAUCACGUCAGAACAGGAACGUUACGCCGGCGAUAUUCUACGUGCGCACGAAUUAGCGGGUGUACCCGUGCCGGAACCGUUGCGUCAGUUGUGGGAGGGCUACAAAGCUCGCCAAGCCGCAGACGGAAAGAAAGUCCAUACCGGAGGUGGUUUCAGCGGGAAAGGUUUUAAGUUUGACGAAUCGGAAGCCGCUUUGGCGAACGAGAAAAAGAAAUUCCAGAAGGCAGCUCUAGGACUGCAAGACUCUGACGAUGAGGACAUAGAGAACGAUAUCGACCAACAGAUCGAGAGUAUGCUGGCGCCUAAGCGAACAGUUCGCGAGAUAGCCAGGCCGACCGCAACGAGUAUUACGGUGCCCGGGCAACCAGUGCCUAGCGCCACUGAUAAGUUGGAAUUGGCUAGGAGAUUGGCGUCAAAGAUCAACAUUGCGAAAAAUUUGGGCGCCGAGGCGAAAGGCGCCACUCAGCAAGCGGCGGAAGCCAUACUCAAGGGUGCGGGACCUACGAAUCUUAUUACGGCAAAAACAGUCGCUGAACAAUUGGCGGCCAAACUGAAUACAAAAUUGAAUUAUCAGCCGCGCGAGGAGGAUCUCGUGGAGAGCGACGCAGAGACGGGCGAGCAAACAUUCCGCAAGUACGAGGAGGAACUUGAGAUCAACGAUUUUCCGCAACAAGCUAGAUGGCGGGUCACGAGUAAGGAGGCUCUAGCUCAGAUAUCAGAAUACUCUGAGGCUGGUCUUACAGUACGUGGAACAUACAUUGCACCUGGGAAGACACCACCGGAAGGCGAAAGGAAGUUAUACCUGGCGAUAGAAUCAACGAGCGAAUUAGCGGUCAGCAAAGCGAAGGCGGAAGUGUCACGACUUAUCAAGGAGGAGCUCAUCAAACUGCAGGCGUCCGGCGCUCACACCGCGUCACGUGGUCGCUACAAAGUUUUGUAAAAUUUACAUGGUAUCAUAUACGGAUGUAGACGAUGAAGGUUAGAAAUUUAUUAUACAUAUAAACAAAGAGUUGGUAUUUGUUUAUAUUUAACAGUACAAUAACAAAAUACUUAACGAUUA